UGCUUAAUAUAAGUACAAAGUUCACUAUCCAGCUGCUGCCUUUAUUCACGGAGAAGGAAGGGUGUUGGUCUGUUAGGUUUAAUUUGACCAUUGAAGAUAACCAGGACCACUUAUAGGAUCGGUUUGGAGAAGUAAUUUGCGGAAAAGUCGUGCUAACUUUUUUACUUAUUGUGGGGCUCGCUCUCCAGUGAUGGAAUAUGCUAAAAAGUCACUCAACCUCCUGAAUCUGUCUUCCUUCUCAAAGUGUAUGACUGCCAGCAUGUCAGCCAGUGCCUCAGUAACCCAGCAGCUUCUGUCAAGACGACCACCUCGACCAAAGCCUUACCGAGUGACUAAUGCUGACCGCAGUUUGAAGAAGGGCAUCAUGGCAGAUGCGUUAGAAGACCUUAUCAGCAAGGUGAGCGACUCAUUAAAUGUACUGUGUGCCAGCAGCCUUGUGCUGGAUGAAGAUGGCACAGGUGUGGAUACUGAAGAGUUCUUCACAACGCUGCCCGAAAACACCGUCCUCAUGGUACUGGAGAAAGGGCAGAAGUGGACUCCAUCUCAGAACAGCCACUGGAGAGACGAGCUCAGCAAUCAUAGGCCGCACCACCGGACAGAUGUGGCCAAGCUGACGUUUGACCUCUACAAGAACAACCCCAAUGAUUUUAUUGGCUGCUUGAAUGUCAAGGCAACACUUUAUGGUGUUUAUUCCUUGUCCUAUGAAGUGCGCUGUUAUGAGGCGAAAAAAAUGUUGAAGGAGGCUUUGCGAUGGACUGCCUUCUCCAUGCAGGCUACUGGCCACAUCCUGCUGGGCUCAUCCUGGUACAUGGAGCAGCUUCUGGAUGAGGAGCGAGCAGAGAAUGGCCUGAUGCUGCAUCAUGAGAGCCGGAUGCUGCAUCAUGAGAGCCGAAUCAGUCAGCUGCAGAGCUUUUUGUUGGGUCGAGCCACCUACUGAUGAUGGAAUCUGACACUUUGUUACAUUUACUGCAUGAACAAGCUGCUUGAUACGUAUUCUUCUUGGAUGUCAUAUUUAAUCCGUUGGAGACGAACAAAUAAAACCAAGUACUUUUACCACG